CUCUUCCUCCUUCCUGAGCACUCUACAAGCUCACCGUCCCAAGGAACAGCUUCCCCCCUCCGCGCCUCCUCCUCCAGGCAGCAGAGUGAACACCAUCUAUAGUCGAAUCUUCCGACCGAUUGCCCUGCACACAGGAAGCGCUCAAUGAAUACCACGGCUUGACCGAUCGAUCGAUUCCGAUCCUCUCAGCUCGUCGAGAGCCGGACCUCGGGAUGAACCACUUAGUGGACCUCGACGAACUCUUCUCCUAUUCUAACGUGUCGGACUACAGCAGCUACUCCCCUAGCCUGGAUGACUUCUUGUCCACGGUCGGGAUGUCGGCCCCUUGCCGGCGCGAGCCUGGGGCUGUGAUGCGGCCUGCCCUGGCAGCGCUCUACGGCCUGGUCUUCCUGUUCAACGUGGUGGGGAACUCACUGGUGGCGCUGGUGGUCCUCCACAACCGCCCGCACCGCACGGUGACCGACGUCUACCUGCUCAACCUGGCCGGGGCCGAUCUGCUCUUCGCCCUGACCCUGCCCUUCUGGGCCGCCUACCAGGUGACCGGCUGGCUCUUCGGCACGGUCCUCUGCAAGCUGGUGUCCGUCCUGCAGGACCUCAACUUCUACAGCGGCGUCCUGCUGCUGGCCUGCAUCAGCGUCGACCGCUACCUGGCCAUCGUGCACGCCACCCGGUCUGCAGCCCACCAGCGCCGCUGGGUCGUCUUCGUCUGCCUGGGCCUCUGGAUCCUGUCCUUCCUGCUGGCCCUGCCCGCCCUGGUCCUCCGGGAUGUCUUCACCCCGCCCAACUCCACCCCCGUCUGCUACGAGAACAUGGGCAAAGACACGGCCCGCUGGCGGGUGAUCCUGCGCUUGUUGCAGCAGACCUUCGGCUUCCUCCUGCCCCUCCUGGUCAUGCUCUUCUGCUACGGCCGCACCCUGGCCGUCCUGUUCCGUGCCCGCAUGGGCCAGAAGCACCGGGCCAUGCGUGUCGUCUUGGCGGUGGUGCUGGUCUUCCUGCUCUGCUGGCUGCCCUACAACGUGAUCCUGGUGAUCGACUCCCUCAUGUGGGUCAAAGUGUUGACUGACAGCUGUGGCCUGCGGGACCACGUGGACCGUGCCCUGGUGGUCACCCCGGUGCUGGGCUACCUGCACAGCUGCCUCAACCCCAUCGUCUACGCCUUCGUGGGCCAGAAGUUCCGGCACAGCCUGCUGAGGAUCCUGGCCGCCCGCGGGCUGGUCAGUAAGGACUUCCUCGUCCGUCACCGGAUCCCGUCCUCCCAGAGCUCUUCGGUGGCCAACAUUACCACCGUGUGACCGCCCCGGAUCUCGGCUUCCCUGGUCUUCCUGUCCCUUGGACCUCCUUCUGGCGUGGGAGGGAACUUAGGGUCCAAUUAGGGGCUGAGCCCUCCCCCCGGAGACUGCUGCUGCCUCUCUCCCCUCUGUGGCCAUCCCCGGCCCCACAUACAUCUGCUGGACCCCAGAGUCUCCCUGGAGCAGGGGGUUGGUGAUGGUGGGCGGAGGAUGAGUAGAAGCCCCUUCUACUCUGUCAGCUCACUGUGGGCAAGGAACAAUUCUGCCAGUUCUGUUGGGUUGUACUCUCCUCGGC